UUUCCGCGUUAAGGCGCCAGAAUUCAAUGUGACUCGUAGAUAGCCUUAAUCUUUUAGAGCUUCCCUCUAAACUUGCAAGUGCGUCGCAGCCCUUUAAAAAAAAAAAAACGUUAAAAACAAACCGAAAAUCUCGUGCAUUGACCGAGAAGCGCCACUAAUCUUCCAACACUGUUGUAAGACAUAAAACAAGCGAGUGGUUACGAAAGGAUUCAAUUGCAAUCGUAUUCUAUUGGAGCCAGCAUCGUAUAAACAAAGCUCGUGAAAUUUGUUUCUUAUCUCAUCUGAAAAUCUAAACCAGCAGUAAAAUGAAGAUCUGCGCCAUUUUGAUUGUUACUGCCAUGGCGUCGUACAUGACCCAAGCUGUCCCUUUGCCUCAUCAACAAGGGAACGAUCCGUUUAACAGUAUCACCAGGACAUUUAACGAAAUGGCGACCAAUACUUUUUCUUCGGCAGCCGCUCAGCAAGCCCCACAUCACCAAGGGAUGUGGCCAGCAGGAGGACGUCCUGUUAGCGCUUCGGCUUCAGCUGGACGUGGCCAUGAAUUUUCUUCUGGCCAUAAUUCGGGAAGCAUGUGGCAACAUGCCUCAGCUUCGGCUUCAGGGCCAGUCGCUGCUUCAGCUUCUGCAUCGGUUCAUUCGUCAUCAACUAGAAGUCAUCAGCAAAAAUCCAGGCAAGGUCGGCCAGCCAACCGAACAGGAAGACCAUCUAGAAAUCGAAAUAGCAGCAGAAAUGAAAACCAUAUUUGAGGGGGGGAAAUAUUUUGAUGAAAUGAAAACAGGUAGAAAGAGAAUCUAAUUUUUUUUUGUUUUGUUGGGCCGUUAUCGAUUGUUUGCAUGAAAAGCGCAUCCAGUCGAGCGCGUUCGUUUCCCAAAUAUUGCAGCGUUAACUCUGUUCUGUAACCUAAAAUUCUGCGAGAUUUAUUUGAAAAAACAAUAUUUUUUACCUGUG